UCUAAUUACUUCCAUGAGAUCUAGCAGUGAUCACAGGAAAUUAUUAUAGUUUUCAGUCGGUUGUCGGCAAUAUUUGAGAACAAGCACUGAGUAUCAAACCCCUUUGAGUACGCAAAGAUAUAAGAGUGAUAAAAAUGAAAGACCAUCUUCAGCAGAUGUUUGCCGGCACUUUUUACCAACUACUGGCUGCCAUAAGCGGCACAUUCAGCGCAAUAUCGGACGGUAUGCAGUAUGGCUGGUCAGCUCCCCUAAUCCCAGUGCUGCAAGCCCCAGACAGCCCCAUAAAAAUCACAGACACCGAUGUCUACUGGCUGGAAACCAUCUACCUCAUAGGUGGCGUGGCCGGUCUUCCUAUAACCAUCUACUUUGUCGACAAAAUAGGUCGUCAAAAGUCGCUCAUCAUAGCAGCCUCCAACAGUUUCACAGCCUGGAUCUUGAUCGUCAUAGCCAACAGGGUGGAGUACCUGUAUGUUGCCAGAUUUCUAACCGGUCUAGCCAUGGACGUCGCUUUUGUUUCGGCGCCAAUGUAUGUUGCAGAGAUAGCAGACCAAAAAAUAAGAGGAUUCCUGGCUAGCUUGAUAUUCUUGAUGAUGCUCAGCGGCAUCAUCAUCAUCUACGUGCUGGCGCCUUUCUUCCAACUUUGGGUAUCGUCAGUUGUUGGAGCUUUGAUACUACUCACCCAACUUGCUACAUUCCCCUUCAUGCCAGAGUCUCCCUACUUCCUCCUCCUCAAGGGAAAGAAGGAGAAGGCCAGGAAAGCUUUGUGCUUUCUCAGGGAUAAGACGGAUAUUGAGGAUGAGCUCAAAGAGAUUGAAUCCGCCAUAGAACGUCAGAAGUCUGAGAAGGGGAGGCCUCAAGAUCUCCUCCUUAUACACAGCAACAGGAAAGCUUUGACCAUAAUGAUGGUUCUCAACGCCGCCCAACAGUUCAGCUGCAUGAGUGUGAUACUGAUGAAUCUUCACUUCAUCCUGGAAUCCGCUGGGACCGUCUACAUGGAUUCUAAAGUGGCAGCGAUAAUUUUUUCAGUCCUCAUGUUUUUCGCUGCAGCAGUCGCUUCUAUUUUUAUAGACCGUUAUGGGAGAAAGAUUCUCCUAAUUUCCUCAAGUAUCCUCACCAGUAUUUCCUUGUUUGCUUUGGCGGUCUACUUCAACCUUCAGUACCUCAAUUAUGACGUUCUGGGAGUUAGCUGGAUACCCAUAGCGAGCGUGAUGGUGUACGCUCUGGUUUUUAAAUUUGGAUUGGGUAUGGUUCCCAUUGUUUUAACUGCUGAGAUCUUCCCAACUAAAGUUAAAGCUAUGGGAAUGACGGUGGCAGAUGCUACCUAUGUGAUUUUUGGUGUUAUCACCAUUUCCCUGUUCCAAUACUUGCUGAAAAUUUAUGGAAUGCACGUGCCCUUCUAUCUGUUCGCUGCUCUUUGUCUCGCUACAGCGAUUUUCAGCCAUUAUUACAUACCGGAAACCAAAAGUAAAACAUUGGAGGAGAUACAGAUGAUUCUGAAAGGGUUGCAUGUAGGAAAUGAGAAGAAAUUGGCAGAUGUGCAAAGCUGAUAGUGCAUACUCACUGAACAGUUGCAUAGGUUUGUAUAUUGAAGUAUUAUUAUUAAUUUUAGAAUACCUGUAAGGCAUUGAUUCAAAAUCAGGUACAAUUAGCACAAUCCAAAGCUGUAUAUACUGCUAUAACAAGGUAGAGCCAUUUACCAUCAG